CACAGAUUGGUGUUAUGUGAGUGAGGACAGUGCUCUCCAAUACCAAGUCCUUUCUGCUACUGAUGAGCUGAUAACCAAAGCCAGAGACCAGCUUGAGAAGACGUGUGCAGAAAUCAGCGCUGACACCAACUCCACAGAGGCCUGCUACCCAGGGAGACAGCCACCAGAGAGUACAGACACACAGCAACAGCUAGAUGGCCUGAUGGAUGUUAGUGUAUACCACAACUGAUUGUGUUUGACUUAAAGCUGGCUACAGUGCCUACGGUACUAGCAAAAUAGCAGGUCUGUUCGUUGUCACUGAGGUUCACUUAUAGGGCGAUCUAAAUAAAGAUGGAUGUAUGGCUGUGGUUCUCCUGACAGGAGAAAGUUAACUUGGGGUUCAGGCAUUAACUGUAGCCCUAUUAAAGCGAGCCACCCUUCAGGAUAGAGAGCCUUAAGAAACACAGAUACUGACAGAUAGAGCUAUAUGAGCAUCUGCAGAUAGCAUUGGGUUCAGAGUUAGCAAGCUAGCAGAAUUAGCGUGCUAGCAGAGUUAGCAAGCUAGCAGAGUUAGCUGGCUAGCACAGUUAAAGAGCUAGCUGAUUUAGCUUGCUAGCCGGCUUGGGGGAGGAGAACAGAGCACCAUGAGCUCCAGAGAUAGCGGUGAAGAGGUUAUGAUGGAGGCCCAGCCUAGCCUGGAGGAAGAAGACAUGGAUGGAGGAGAAGGAGGGGAGGCUAGCCCAACCGAGGCAGAGCCGGGAGAAGGUGGCGAAGACAAGGCUGUGGCGUACGACUGUAACGUAUGCGGUCGUAGCUUCCCUUUCCAAAGCUCUCUGUCGCAGCACAUGAGACGCCACACGGGGGCACGGCCUUAUAAGUGCCCCUACUGUGACCACCGAGCCUCUCAGAAGGGCAAUCUGAAGGUACACAUCCGCAGCCACAAACUGGGCACGCUCAUCAGCCACCACCCCGAGGAGGAUGAGGAGGGGCCAGAGGAGGAAGAGGAGGAGGGCUCAGAGGAAGUGGGCGUGUCCGAGGGCCUGGAGGGCGGCACCAGCCCCACGAAGAGCAGCUCUGCCUGUAACCGCGUGGUCAACGGCGACAGCUCUGAGGAGAGCCGAAGGAAAGUGGCGGCAAGGGGCGUGAAGAGGGAGAGGUCGUCGGAGCGGCGGCCAUACCGCUGUCGCCUGUGCGGCUUCGAAACUCCGAGAGAAGACCAGCUCCUGAGCCACAUCGAGAAAGUUCACAUCACGGCCGACACCGACGACCCGGACACUCCCCAGAGCCAGGGGGAGACGGAGACUGGGGGGGAGGCCGGUGGGGAGGCCGUGGGGGAGGUCAUCCAGACCGACGGGACUUUCCCGUGUGAGACCUGCGGCCAGGUGUUCACCCAGGCUUGGUUCCUCAAGUCCCACAUGAAGAAACACGCCGGGAUCCUGGAGCACUGCUGCAAGGUGUGCGGCCGUCGCUUCCGAGAGGCCUGGUUCCUCAAGUCCCACAUGAAGACCCACAACAGCUCCAAGUCCUCGGCCAGGAGCAGGCCCAAGGUCGAGUCGGAACCUCCUGCCACUAUCAACGACGUGGCCCAGGGCCCUGAGGUCUCUCUAGGCACGGCAGGCCUGGGCCUCAGCCUAUACCAGAUCUGCUCCAAGUGUGGGAACAUGUUCCAUGACAGGGAGAGCCUCAGGGCCCAUGAAAAGGUCCACAGUGUGGGGUACAUCCACCUGACCCAGACCCAGAAGCAUGACCAGGAGGACGUCCCUGCCGCUAAGAGACUCCUUCUGGACUACCUCAACCUCCAGCCAGCCUUGGACCCCUCCGAACCCUCAAAGGAGACCCCUCAGCUGGGCUACAGGAUCCCUGAGCUGGACCCGGUCUGCAGCUACCAGGCCUGGCAGCUGGCCACGCGAGGCCGGGUCCUGCAGCCCCUGGAGGUGGGGCUUAAGUCCGGGGACCGGAACCCGGGUGACGAGGCCCUGUCCGGGGCGGCCGUGGUCUACGAGAAGGAGAGCAGCCGUUUCGUCCUGAAGGGCCAGGAGCGACGCGGCUCAGCCCGACGCGGCAGCGCCAGCAACCACUCCCCGGGCGACCACACCCCGGAGAGCCUGAGCGACUCGGAGUACCGUCCGUCCUCGCGCCAGGAGCGCCGCCGCUCUUCUCAGAGCCAGAAGUCCAAUGAGUGCUUCGAGUGCGGGAAGGUGUUCCGGAGUCGCCACCAGAUGGUCGUGCACCAGCGCGUGCACCUACGCAGGGAUGGGGGUGGCCGGGGGUCGUCCGGCGGGGAGAGGGCCGGAAGGGGGGACAGAUGGGGGUCUACCAGUGACCCGGAGUCUGGUUCCCCAAGUAGACCAAGCACCCCUGGUUAUGGAGACUCCCCCCCGCCCACCUCAGCCCUGGGAGAAAACGGAGCCGCCAUGGGUACUGCCAACCCUGGAACACUGACAGACAUCAAGCCAUACGUCUGCAGCCUGUGUGACUUUGUCACCCCGGAGUCCUCCGUCUUCCUGUCCCACGUCCGCCUGGUCCACACCCCGGACCCCCACACCCAGCCCAGCCCAGACCCCAGCCCCAGCCCCAGCUCCACCCUAGGGGGUCCAAGUGGCUACCCCAAGCUGAAGAAAGCCCUCCUCCAGGGGGGGACCCACUCCUCCUCCUCUGACCCCCACCCCUACCUCUCAGCCCGCACCCCCAGGGACAAGCGUCCCAGCCAGCCCCUCUCCCCGGCCGACCCCCUCCUCACCCCCGUGGACCUGUGUGUCAGAGAGGGAGGCCAACGGGGCCUGGCCCCCCAGGGGAAAGGCCCCCCCAGCCACAAGUGCUCUUUCUGCUCCCACAGCAGCCAGUACCCGGAGGUGCUGUGGAUGCACCAGGCCGUGACCCACCGCAUCAGCAGCACCUCCUCCACGCUGGCCCCCGCCUGGGCCCAGACGGCCCCCGCCAAGGGCCACAAAGACAAGCCCUCCUCCAGGCGACGCACCGGCCCCCCGCCCGUCCUGGAGGGGAAGGAGUGCCCCCCCCUGCCCCCCGUGGUCCGCACACCCCGCACCCGCCCCCCUGCGGCGGGGGCGCCCAAGAAGGACGGCGAGUCAAACGCCCCGCCCGGUGCCGCCUCUUCGUCCUCUUCGCCGGCCUCGUCCGCCUCCUUGUCCUCGCGGAGGUCGUCCUCCGGGGCUGCCCAGGGCCCGCGCCCCUCCCAGCGGCCUGCAGGGGGCAGGGUGGCAGAGGCCCAGACCUCACGCUCCAGACCCAAGGUGGAGAUGUAUCCCCGGGCCUCCUCCUCUUCCUCAUCUGCUGGCUCCCUGGAGAAGAGCAGGGGCUCCUCCCAGCGGUCUUCCACGACCUCCAGCCCCAGCACGGUGUCUGGGUCCGGGGCCCGGCUCCUGGACCGAUACAUGCUGCCUCAGGAGGGCCUGGGCUUCAUGCUCUCCAGCAAGCACGGCCUGGCAGAGUACAACCGGGCUCAGACCUCUGCUCAGAACCACAGCCAGUCCAAGACCGGCUCCUUUCACCCCAAGUCCAAGUCCCAGUCUAAGUCUCAGUCUCAGUCCCAGUCCCAGGCCCAGUCUAAGUCCCAGUCUAAGUCCCAGGCCCAGUCCCAGUCUAGGACUGCCAGUAGGCCUGCUACCCACAGCAGCAGCUAUGGUGCCUCCCAGCCACACAGGGGCGCUCACAACACCCCUUCCUCUUCUCCCGUGCCCCGUGGAGGCAUGGAACAAGAGAUGAUGACUGAGACUACUCCUAUAGACAUCCUCAGCUUCCUAAAGAACUACAACCCCCAUGAGCUGGCGGCCCUCUACCACCGCUGGGGAUCGGCCAAUCCCAUGCUGGAUCCAACAGGGAUGCUGCGUUCUCUGAUGGGCCAAGGAGAGUACGGCUGUCAGGAGUGUGGGAAGAGCUUCAGCCAAGCGAGCCUGCUCCGCCUACACAUGAGGUCGCACGCAGGUCAUGACGGAGUCCAACGAGGUUCGGACGCUCACACCUCUUCCUCCUCCUCCUCCUCUUCCUCCUCCUCCACAGAGCCUCCCAAACAGGUCAGGGAUUGUCCGGCCACAGCCUCCUCUCGCGCUGAGCCCUUCAGAAAAGGAACCUGAAGAUCCACAAUGUCCAGCCCCCCCUUCUGCCCCUGCCUCAGCGACCCCCCCCCCCCCCACCACCAUGCCAAGACGAACCCCCCCCCCCCCCCCGCCCGCCCCAAAGACAGAGCGCCCCUGAGAGCCACGCCUCUAUAGACUCCGCCUUAGAGUGACUCUCAGCUGGCAACCUCUGACCUCCUAGCCCUUUAACCAGCUCCUCCGUGACCUCUAACAAGCUCCCCAAUGACCUUUUGUGGAGCUCUGCUACGACCUUGAAACAAACCUCUCUUACGACCUCCAAAGAACUCUCCCGCGACCUUCAAAGGAGCUCUCCGACGACCUUCGAGACCAUGAGGAACUAGGGCCACUGGGACAUUCGCUGUGAGAGAGAAGACGUGACAAAGGAGAGUUGAAGAAGAGGAGAAAGAGAAGAGAUGGGGAGGAGAAGAGGAGUGAAAGUGUGACUGUUAGUUCAUCUGUGAACCCAGACACAGAGUUUGGCUUUGACACAUCCCAUGUCUUUACUCUGUGCUUGUCUUAGCUCAGGACUUUGAUGCUUUACCCCUCUUCCUAGAGGCUCUGUGCGUACGUGCGUGUGUGUGUGUGUGUGUGUGGCCGAAGUGAAGUGACCACCCUGUAGUCUCUGAUGACUGUUAGAAAAGGACAGGAGGGAGAGAGGGGUGGAGCGAAAGAUGGAGAGAAAAAGGAGGGGAGAAAGAGGAGAGGGAACAAAGGGAAGAGAAGGAAGGAAAGAAAGAAAGAGGGGAGAGAGAAAGAGCGACAGACAGAGAGAGAAGGGAAAGAGAGGGAUAAGAGAGUGUUGUCAGUUGGAGGAUGUGGUUGCUUUCGUCUCGUUGAGUCCCCCUGAGCACAGGAAGUACUCCUACACACCAACACACACACCACACUUACACACACACUACACUUGUGCAAAAACACCUAUGUCACACAGACAGACACAUAGUACACACACACCAACCCACACAUAUUACACACACGGGGAUUUUUGUAAGCUCACGGAAUCAAUGAAUGAAUAUAGAUCGAAGCGUGUGUGUGACUCCUUUAAAAAAAGUGGGUUAUGUGUCCAGUAUCUACGGUAUUGUAUUUGAAAGCAAGCUGCAAAUCUGUAGCCAUUGGUUAUUUCAAUAUGCAUACGGGAUGCUGUGUUUGAACAUGCCUACACGCAUGUGUACAUACUAGAUAGAGAAAGAGGGUGUAGUCCUUAUACUUGAAUUGGAACCCUGUAGCCUACCUUGUAGACUGAUCGUAUGUAGUGCUGAGACUGAAGCUGUACGGAAUAGCCCUUUAAUGCAGAACCCUCUUGAAUAUUAAUUUUCAUUCCAAAGUGUGACUUAGCAGAUGAGACCAGGAUUCUAAUGGAGAGAAAGGAGAGGGGACAUAAGAGAGAGAGAGAGAGUGAGGGAAAGAGAGAGAGAGAAACAAAGAGUGUGUAUGUGCGUGAAUAGGUGUGUGUGUGUGUAUUGUGUGGGUGCCGUUUUCCUACCGAACCCUUUACAGCAUUAGAAACCAAAUGACGUAACAUCAGCACCUAGCCCAGCAGGGGCCUGUUUUAGACCCCUCAUACUGACUGCUUAAUCCCACCCUUGGUUGCCACCUGGUCUGCAGGAGCGGAUGUGAAUGUUUAAUUAUCGGUGCAGCUUAGGUCAUCCAUGUUUGUAGUUUUCUUUUUCUGGACUGUUGUUGCUAUUAUAGCAACAACAGCAUAGAUAUCCAUACUAUAUAUAUAUAUAUAUAUAUAUAUAGGUUAUUUUUCCCGUGAUGUUUUGGAAAUAUGACAUUCCACAGCCUGUGCCAGGGGGAGCCUGGGGGGGGGGGGGGGGGGGGCAGGGCCUUCCUGAGACGCUUUUAUACAGACGUGUUACUAGUGUGUUUAUCAGUCUGUCUCUCUACUAAAGAUGUUAGGAGUUCAUAGCCUAGUGCAUAGCCAUGGUGCCCUACCCAGAGAGAGUGGCGGCAAGGGGGGUCCUGACUCAUCUGUAAGGCACAUGUCUUAUUUGUGUUUUUGGAUUAUUAUUAUUAUUAUUAUUAUCGGUUAUGAAUUGCAUUGUUUGUUGACAGUAGGAGAUGAUUUGAGUUGUGUUUUUGGUUGAUAUCUGUAUUUAUUAUCAUUUGAUCUGGAUGGAGGUGAGCAGUGGACUGGAGGAUCUGUCUGGGUGGGUUGUAUCUGGUCUGGUUUGUUUUGAUAGGAAGAUCUACCUCUGACCUGGCCUGGCCUAGCCUAGCCUAGCCUAGCCUGGUCUGAUCUGAUCUAGUCUGGUGUCAUCUGAUCAGGCUUGGCCUGGUCUGUCUUGGCCUGGCCUGGUACUGUUUGGUACAUCAUUUACGCACCUGUAAUGUAAUCAUGUCCACAAUAAAAGACUCACAAUGGCA